GCAGCAUUAUCAACAAUGAUUUGCAAUGGUUUAAUAAACAUGCAGUGGAUGGGAAUGGGUGGGGGAUUUUUAAUGACAAUUUAUGAACGUUCUACGAAGCAAGGAUAUUUUUUAAAUGCACGAGAUGUGGCACCAUACGCUGCUCAUGCUGGCAUGUUUGAAAAUGUAAAAUUAAAUGCUUCAAUUAAAAAUGGAUUAUCAAUAGCUGUACCAGGUGAAAUUGCUGGAUACUGGGCUGCUCAUCAAAAAUUUGGUAAAAUACCAUGGGAUGAGCUGUUUAAUCCAACGAUUAAAAUAUGUGAAGAAGGAUGGAAUAUAACUAAAAAAUUAGCCAAUGCUGUCAAAUUUUUAGAAAAUGUUGUACGAAACGAUCCAACAUUAAGAAAAAUGUUCGUAAAUAAUACAACUGGAGCAAUAAAAAAAGAAGGGGACUAUGUAAAACCUGAUAAAAUUUGUCAGACACUGUUGGAAAUAUCUAAAAAUGGCCCAGAUAUAUUUUACAAUGGUGAAAUUGGUAGAAAAAUUAUUGAAGAUGUGCAAAAAAACGGAAGUACCAUGAUGAUGGAUGAUUUGAAAAAAUAUCAAGUCAAAUGGUCAAAACCAGUGACAACAAAUUUUCUAAAUAUGACAUUAUACACGUCAAAUUUUCCGGGAAGUGGUGGAUUAUUUGCAUUUAUUUUAAAUGUUUUUGACGAAUUUAAAUUUACUCCAGAUAGUUUGAAAGGUUGGAAUAAUACAAUUCAAACAUAUCAUAGAAUUAUUGAAACGUGGAAGUAUGCAUAUGCUGUUAGAAGUAAAAUGGGUGAUGCUGAUUACGUUGAUAUGACUGAGGUGCUAGGCAAUUUGACAUCAAAAGAAUUUGCAAAAUCAAUUAGACAAAAAAUAAUUGAUGAUAAAACUUGGAAUGAUCCAGCUCAUUAUGGUGCAGGUAGUGGACUCUUGGAGGAUCAUGGUACAUCACACAUAUCAGUGCUAGCACCCAAUGGUGAUGCUGUUGCUGUAACAAGCACUAUCAACACUUAUUUUGGAAGCGGUAUUGUAAGCGAACAAACUGGUAUCAUUUUAAAUAAUGCGAUGGAUGAUUUUUCAAUAGAUUCUGUAGCUAGUAUGUCAAACAACUUAGCAAACAAUAAAAACAAUAACAUAAAGGGAGGAAAAAGACCAUUGUCAUCAAUGAUACCUUCAAUAAUCACGUCAUCAAAUGGAGAUGUUAGAAUAGUACUUGGUGGAGCUGGAGGAACUAGAAUACCAACAUCUGUGUCAUUAGUACUUGCCCGAUACUUGUGGAUGGAUGUAGAUCUUGAAAAAGCUGUUGAUGCGUGUAGAAUUCAUCAACAGCUUUUUCCAGUGACAUCUUCCUAUGAAUAUGGAAUAAACAGUGCUAUUGUCGAUGGACUUCAAAAAUUUGGGCAUUCAUUAAGACCUUCUAGUUAUCCUGUAUUUAGUGGAGUUUAUGUUAUUUCCAAAAUUAAUGAUACCAUUUAUGGAUCUGUAGAUGAUCGUAAGGGUGGUGAUAUUACUGGUUUAUAA